CAACAAUUUAACUCGUAUCAUCCUUGUCCCCUUUUAAGAGGUCACCUAAUUAUUUAAUGGGAGAGAAAACAAAAGUACCAAUUGUUGACCCCUUUCGGUUGUAAGACUACACUAAAACCGUUCGAAUCAACUGCUCUAUCAUAGCGUAGUAUCAUCGGAUUUUUUGCGUUGUCUUAGGGUCCGUCUCCUCGCGUUGUUUUAUCAUUUAAUUGGCACCAAUGAGAGGCAGGAAGUUUGUGGUGUUUGUAUGCGUUUGCAUUUGUGCACAUUUAUGUGAAAGUGCCAGAGGUGGAGGACGAGGUUAUCCACGACCAGAGAUAACAUGGUUUAAGGAUGGCAUAGAACUUUUGUAUCACAAAUUUUUUCAAGUACACGAAUGGUCAAUAGGCAAUGAUACGGUCAAAAGUAAGAUGGAGAUUGAUCCCACAACACAGAAGGAUGCAGGAUAUUACGAGUGCCAAGCGAACAACAAGUAUUCCAUAGAUUCGAGGGGAUUCAGAACGGAUUUCGUUAUGAUCACUUAUUGA